AUGGAAUCCAUGGAUUACAACUACUUCACUUCGGCGCCGCACUCUUACCACUAUAUGGGAUAUGAGGACAUACUUCCCCAAAAUAGCGGUAACGGAUUGACUGCAACUCCAGUGUGUAUCUCAAGCUGUUUGCUACCGUCAAGAGCUAUACUAAUAGGCUACCCAGAGUAUGGAACCUCUCGACUCAGGCGCUUUCACCUUUGGCAACUCCGACUACGACUUCAACGCUCAUCUACCUCAAAGCUACACCGUCACUCCACUUCCAACAGGCUCCGCAUCUCCUCCACCGCAAUCAAUCUCCAUCCUCCACCAUGGUUCAGUGGACAGCGGUAUUGCAUUGGACCUCGACACUGAGCACGAACAACGUUCAGGCAGACGAGGCAGCAGUGAAGAGAAAGACGCCCUCACACCAGCGCAAUCAAGGCGGAAAGCGCAGAAUCGCGCAGCGUAA